AGACGAGUGUGUUUAAUCGGGUUUCUUUCAUUGAAAUUACUCGCAGAGGAUUGCAUUUAUUUUAAGCAAAAAGAAUGGCUCAAAGCAAAUUGAACGAUUUGGCUGGUAAAUUCGGCAAAGGUGGUCCACCAGGUUUGACCACCGGUCUUAAAUUGUUGGCUGCCGUUGGAGCUGCUGCCUAUGGUGUCAACCAAUCCUUGUAUACCGUUGAUGGUGGUCACCGUGCCAUUAUCUUCAGCAGACUUGGUGGCAUCCAAAAUGAUAUCUACUCCGAAGGUUUACAUUUCCGCAUUCCAUGGUUCCAAUAUCCCAUUAUCUACGAUAUCCGUUCUCGUCCCCGUAAAAUCUCUUCCCCUACCGGUUCAAAGGAUUUGCAAAUGGUGAACAUUUCAUUGCGUGUCCUUUCACGUCCCGAUUCAUCCCGUCUUCCCACAGUUCAUCGUCAAUUGGGUUUGGAUUAUGAUGAGAAGGUUUUGCCCUCCAUCUGUAAUGAAGUUUUGAAGGGUGUUGUUGCCAAAUUCAAUGCUUCCCAAUUGAUUACACAGCGUGCACAAGUUUCCCUCUUGAUCCGCAAAGAAUUGAUGGAACGUGCCCGUGACUUCAACAUUAUUUUGGAUGAUGUUUCCUUAACAGAAUUGAGUUUCGGCAAGGAAUAUACCGCCGCCGUUGAAGCCAAACAGGUUGCUCAACAAGAAGCCCAACGUGCUGUGUUCUUUGUUGAACGCGCCAAGCAGGAGAAACAGCAAAAGAUUGUCCAAGCUGAGGGUGAAGCUGAAGCCGCAAAAAUGUUAGGUCUGGCUGUUAAACAGAAUCCCGCCUACUUGAAAUUGCGUAAAAUCCGUGCUGCUCAAAGCAUAGCUAGAACCAUUGCCAACUCACAGAACAAGGUCUACCUCUCGGCUGAUAGCUUGAUGUUGAACAUCCAAGAUUCCAGCUUUGAUGACAUGACUGAAAAAGUUUACAAAAGUAAAUAAAUCGUUUCUAUGAACAUCAACAAAACAACAACCCCCCAUCAACUAAAAAUA